CUUACAAAAUUACAAACCUGAAAAAAUAAAACACCAUUCUUGAAAGCUCAUUCAUUGUUAGCAACAUGUGAAAGAUUAAUAAAUUCAUUUCUUCAUUUAAAUCCUGUGUCUGUUCAACCUCUCACAGCUGGCGAUUAUAGCUGUUAUUAUUAAUAAUUUACUAUGGAGUUGGUUGAUAUUCCCCUCGCCAAUGGAAGUUGACAAGACUUGUCUUGCCUGCUUAUAAAAACUUAUUCUGGAUGGAGGCGUGGAGAACUAGAAGAGAAUAGAUCAGACCAUAUGAUGUCAUCUUCUUUGAUAAUGUCUUCCUUCUGUUUGUCCAAACGCUUAUACCUAUAAUAUGCUCGUUUGCAUACACAUUUCAUAUAUGACAUAAAGAGGAGUCAGAGAAAUUGUGGCUGUCAGAAUUGUUCAUUCCCUGUCAGAGAGAGAGGGGGCACCCAGUUUAUUUUUCUUUCAGAAGCAAUGAAGAACUUUCCAAGGCUUUUAGGUUUUAAAAGAGGCCCAUUACAUAUCUGUUCGGUCCUGUUUAUGAUUCUCAACUUUUUGUUACAAGGGGAAUCGUCCAACUUCAGUGAGAACUUUGGUAUCUUAUGGGGGAAAGAUCAAUUUAAAUUGUCAAAUGAUGGACAGACAGCCCAUCUUACCUUGGAUCGAGCUUCAGGUUCUGGUUUUUCCUCCAGGAAUGAAUACUUGUUCGGGAGCUUCAACAUGAGAAUAAAGCUGAUAGCUGGAAAUUCCGCUGGAAUAGUGACUGCCUAUUAUUUGUCAUCAGCCACAUCCGCCCAUGAUGAAAUUGACUUCGAAUUUCUGGGAAACCUGCCACGAAAGGGUUACCAUCUACAAACGAACGUUUUUGCAACUGGGGUUGGAAACAGAGAGCAAAGGAUUCGACUCUGGUUUGAUCCAUCUGCAGAUUUUCAUAACUACUCAAUUGUGUGGAACCAAAACCAAAUAGUGUUUUCUGUGGAUUCGGUCCCCAUUAGAGUUUUCAAAAACAAUGAAGGAGUGGGUGUCCCAUAUCUGAAGAAUCAACCCAUGAAAAUCAUCUCCACCCUUUGGAAUGGGGAAGACUGGGCCACAGAUGGAGGAAGAGUGAAAGUAGAUUGGAGUAAAGCUCCCUUCGUUGCAUCUUAUCAAGCCUUUGAAGUAGAUGGGUGUGUGGCAUCUGCUUCAUCCGAAUCCUGUACAGGGCACUGGUGGGAUCAAUCCCUUUUUAGUGGCCUGAGUAGAGAUCAACUCAAGAAACUUCGAUGGGUUAAAAGAAAGUACAUGUUUUAUGAUUACUGCAAGGAUAAGUCUGGAAGGUUUUCUACACCACCACCUGAAUGUGCAAUAAAUCCCUAGUUACAAAGGGUGAUUGUCUUUUUAUAUUUUAAACAUUCAGUACAAAAUUUAUAUCUUAUUGCUUCAUCAGUGAUCUGUAAUAAGAUGAAGAAAUUCAAAAGUAUUUUCUGUAAAGUUUCCAUAAUAUUGGAGGUUCCAUAUUGAAAGAA